AUGGCCACCAACAAACACCCCAAACUCGACCAAUCCCAACUCAAAGCCUUCGAAAACGCCGCCGCAGGCCACGAUGGCGUCCUCUCCGACCCGUCCGGCGAACUCAUCAUCAAACCCUGCGUCGACGCCGAAAUCAACUUCUACCAGGAGACGCUGAACCUGCACCCGGACUUCUCAGAGAUGAUGCCGACCUUCAUGGGCACUCUGUCCCUAGGCAGUCCUGCCCAAGUAGCAGCUCCCACAGCUGCCCAUGAGCCUGCCGAGCUGAGCCAGGAGAGCAAAGACCAGCAACUCCUGCACGGUGCCAAGAUCGCCACCAAAACUGCCAUCGUGCUGGAGAAUCUGGAGCACGGAUUCAAGCGCCCCAACGUCCUGGAUCUCAAACUCGGCGCCCGCCUGUACGCCCCGGGCACUUCAGACGAUAAAGCUGCCCGUCUCGACAAAGUCGCCUCGGAAACCACGACCGGCAGCCUAGGCUUCCGCAUCGCAGGCAUGAAAGUCUACAACCCCGAGAAAUCCGACUUUGACAUCUACGAUAAAUUCUACGGCCGGCAGUUCACCUCUUCCAACGUGAUCUCGGGCUUCGAGACCUUCUUCUCCGGCCUCAGCUCCGGCCUCAAAGCGGAAGAAGCGCAGGAGCUGCUCGAAACCAUCCUAGCCGAAAUUACGAAAGCGCGCCACAUGCUCGAGAAAUACGAGUCCCGCAUGUUCAGCGCCAGCAUCCUGGUCGUCUACGAAGGCGACUCCUCCGAGCUCGGGGUGCUGAUGGGGAGUGAGCCCAAGACCCCGCGCGUGGACGAGCGGGCCCCGACGCGGUUGGAGGUGAAGAAGAGUCUGGAGGAGGAAGAGGAGGAGGAGGCGCUGCCGCCGGUGGCGUUCAAGGUCAAGAUGAUUGAUUUUGCGCAUGCCGGGUGGACGCCGGGGGAGGGGAGGGAUGAGAACGUGAUUGCUGGGUUGAAGGGGGUGGAGGGGUGUAUGGACCAGUUGAUUGCGCGGUUUGACUAG